GCAAUCAACCCGUACUAUUUCUCUACUCUUCAUCUUCCUCCUCUCUCUCUCUCUCUCUCUCUCCUCCGCCGCCGCCGCCGCCGCCUCCGCUCCCAUGGCGACCUCUCAAACCCUAAUGUCGUCGUCGUCGUCGUCGCCGCAACAAUCCCCUCCCCUACAAAUCCUAGUUCGAGAGCCCGAGGGGUUCUCCAUAUGGCGAGGUCCCCCCUUCGCCAAUGGCGAGCCCCGCCCCGAGCUCGACCGGGUCCCCGCCGCCGCCGCCAGGUUCAGCGACGACGGGGCGCGGCUCCUCGUCACCAGAAGCGCUUCCGCGGUCAGCGUCUACAGCUGCGGCGGCGGCGGGGGCGGAGGAUUCUCGGAGAUCAGAGCCUUCGAGAUCCCCUCCCUCCUCGCCGCGGCGCUCUCCCCGCGCGGCGCGUUCCUCCAAACGUUUCAGAAAUCGACGUCGCCGCAGGAUAAGAACGUCGUGAUUUGGAGCGUGGAGAGCGGUUCUCCUGUGUACCAGCAGUUUCAGAAGAAUAUGUCGAAAACUACAUGGCCAUCAGUUCAGUUUAGUUCUGAUGAAUCAGUCGCUUGUAGAAUGGCUACGAAUGAGAUACAAUUUUUCGAUCCUAAGGAUUUCGCCAAAGGAAUUAUAAAUAGAUUGAAAAUUCCUGGUGUUACUGCAAUUGAGCUCUCAAAGUCUCCUGGUUCACACGUUGUGGCAUACAUAGCAGAAGCCAAGGGUGUCCCAGCUAGUGUUCAAAUCUUUUCUUGUGGUAAGGAUUUACAAAGCCAGCCUGUUGCUCGGAGAAGUUUCUUUCGAUGUUCUAGUGUUCAGUUCCAUUGGAACAAUGGCACAACUGGGCUUCUUGCUGUUGCUCAAUCUGACGUCGAUAAGAGCAACCAGAGUUACUAUGGAGAAACUAAGCUGAACUACUUGACAACUGAUGGGAGUCAUGAAGGACUUGUUCCUCUCAAAAAAGAAGGGCCUGUGCAUGAUGUUCAGUGGUCUCUCUCGGGAUUGGAAUUCGCUGUUGUGUAUGGAUUUAUGCCUGCAAGAGCAACAGUAUAUGACAGGAAAUGCAACCCUCUGUUCGAGCUUGGUCAAGGUCCUUACAAUACAAUAAGGUGGAAUCCAAAAGGGAGAUUUAUAUGCCUGGCUGGAUUCGGUAAUUUACCAGGUGAUAUGGCAUUUUGGGAUUAUUCUGGGAAGAAGUUGCUUGGGACAACAAAGGCUGAAUGUUCAGUCACGAGUGAAUGGUCUCCUGAUGGGCGAUAUUUCAUGACUGCCACAACCGCACCUAGGCUGCAAGUAGACAAUGGGAUAAAAAUUUUCCACCACGAUGGGUCUCUGUAUUUUAAGAAAAUGUUCGCUAAGCUGUAUCAGGCUGACUGGAAGCCAGAAGCACCUGAAAGAUUUGGCGAUAUUGCUGAACUGACCAAGUCAGUUAAUGCUAUAAAGAUUGAUGAAAGAAAGAAACAAGCUCAAGAUUCGAAGUCCUCGCAAACAUCAAGACAGGCUGCUGCGAGUACUGUCGCAAAACCUUCCGCAUAUCGCCCACCUCAUGCAAAGAAUUCUGCUUCAGUUCAAGAAGAGCUUUUCGGGGGACUAGCGCCUUCAGAGGAGAUGAGCAAAAAUGCUUUGAGAAAUAAGAAGAGACGAGAAAAGCAAAAGGAGAAAAAGGCCGCAGAGGCGGGAAGUUAACUAUAGCAUUUUCCAUAUCUGGCGAAAAUCAUAUCUAUACAAUCGACACAAAAAAAAAGAAGAAGAUAACUUAUCGGACAUUUUAUUCUCGAACACUAAGAUCUCUCGAGUUUGGACUCAUAAAACUUAUUUUCACCCCUUUUUCUUUGAGGAAUUGAUGAGGUCGUCUUUCGUCAAUAGAAGUAGCUGAGCAUGACUUUCAUGAAACUUCCUGUGUUAAAAAUGAAGAGCAGUUACUUGGAUCAAUUUGAAGAGUAACUGAAUUUAUUGUUCCUAUGUAUUUGUGUAAUGCGUUUGCGUCCAAUACGGAUCAUGAUUGAAGCACGACAAGUUUCUAGUAUGUGUAAAACCGAUAUUUAGUAUGUGUGAAGCCAAAAUUUGUAUAAA